CACAAUUAAAACUUAUUUCAUUGAUUGUUAGAGUAUUUGCAAGACCAAUAAUUACUAGUAGAAAAGAUGUAUCAAUAUAAAAAGCUCAAAUGAAUAAGAAUAGCUUUAUGACUCAAUAAAUGUUAAAUUUAGGAAAUGCUUAUUAUUUAUGGGAUGUAUAGAGAUUAUGAAAGAUAGUAAAAAAUUGACAGAAUGUAUUUGAACUAAAAUUUGAAGGAUGAUUAUGAAUAAUUAGUUGACAAUGAGGCUUUAAAACUAGUUAUAAAAAUAAAAUUAUAUUAUAGGGGACAGAAUUUUUUUUAGAAAUACUAAUAUAUAUUACUUUAUUAGUAGUUUCCACAUUUGAAAUCUACAAAACUUAUCAUGCAUAAAAUGAUAGAUAAUAAAAUAUCAAUAAAACAAUAAGCGUAAUUUGAAUGAUAAAAUAGACUUUAUAAGAUUAAAUUCACAUAAUUAAGAAUAAAAAAUUGGAAGAUUUGAAAGAGCUUUAAAUAAUUGAUUAAAACUACUAAGAAAAUCUUAGAUAAUUUUAAAUUAAAUACGAAAGAGCAGUGAGAUAAAUUGCAUAAAUAGAAUAAGUAAAAUAUAUGUAGUGAAGAAAGCUUUAUACUGAGAAAAUCCACAAGAACAUGAGGG